UAUGUGGAAAUGGUGUAUUUUCAGUGCGUUGAAUAUAAAAUGUUUAAAUUUAGUGCUAAAUAUGUUGUAUUUACAUAUUAAUAAAUUAUUAUGAUCCACUUUUAAUAAUUAUAUAAAAACAAUAAAGUGUAUAUCAAAAUAUAGAUUGUGUAUAAAUAAUUUUCAAAUAAACAUUUGUAUUUGAGAAGACUUGAAUUGAAAUGAGUUCAGCUCUAAAACAGCCUGUUUUACCAUCAACAGGAAAUCAAAAUCCAACGACUCCUGGAAGUGGUAACAUUACUAAUACACCAAUUGGGCUAAAUAAGAAUCUUACCCAAUCGACAGCUUUACCUAUCAGCUCUAAUACAUCAGUAACAACAAAUCGGACAGUUUCAUCUUCUAUAAGUGGUAUGCAGCUAGGUGGCAAUGCAACGCCUAUUAGUGGAAACAAGAGCUUUCCACAUAAUAUGUCAACUUCACAGCCCCAAGCGUUUGCUUCACAACAGUUAUCGUCAAGUCACAGUACGACAGUAGCUUCAAAUACAACAUCGGCGCAUCAACAGAAUGCGCCAAGUGUCGCACAUCAACAAAAUGUGCCGUCACACCAAAAUGUGCAAAAUUUACAACAAGCGGUUACUGCACAUCAGGCGCAUCCACAAGCGGCCCAGGAAAUGCAGCAGGCUUCAAUUCAAUUUAAUAAGCAAGUGAAUUGUUCAAAUCCCACAUUAGGUGGAUCUAUGCCUUCACCUGUAAAUAUGGUACAAGAUCGUACAAUUAACAUAGCGAGUGUACCGCCCCAAUCUGUUCCAUUACCAGCAACAACAUCUGCAAAUAGCUCACAAAGUUUAAGUUCAUCACAAAAUUCAACAACAAGUCUUUCUCAAACUUCCACAAGCAGUAGUACAACAACUUCAGUAAAUUCGUCCAGUACAGGCAGCAGCACUCCUUCAUCUCAAACAUCUACUACAUCAACAGUAACAUCUUCACCACAAAAAGUAAAUACAUCACCAGAGAAAGCAGACAAUUCGAAUACAAGCCCAAGUUCGACAAACACUACGGUACCUGCUGUUUCAACUACAACUGCUAAACCAGCAGUACAAGCGAAUGGAACAAUUGAACCGGUAAAUCCAAAACCUACGCCACAAACUAAUAAAGAUGAAAGUAACAAGGAAGUUUCGACACAGCCAGCGGCUCAAGCAAAUCAAGUUGCGACUACAGUUACGACUGAAAUUAAAAUUAGUAAAGAAAUCGUAGUUGAAGAAACUAUUAAUGAUAAUAAGAAAGAAGCUGAAAUUAAAACUGCAGAAAUAACGAAAAAAGAAGUAACUUCAAUAUCAUCAACAACCGAAUCCAUAAAAUCAACAAAUCCAUCUGCAACAAGUAUUACUCAACAAUCAACAACCACAUCGACCACACAAGUUACACAACAAGUACAAAAAUCUUCUGAAUCUGUAACAAUAAGUGCCGUUCAACAACAAACAAACACUACUAAUUCAACAACAACCCCAACAAAACAAGUACAAAAUAAUGUUACAAAAAAUUCACCACCAAAAGUUGAACAACAAAAAACAACACCCACAAAAACAUCUCCGGCUAGUGCCAAAACGACCACACCACCAGCGGCAGUAACACCCGCACCACCAGCACCAACUACACCAUCGACACCAUCAACACCAUCAACUACAGCACCCACAACGACCGCUACAAGUACACCACGUAGUGCGAGUAAACGAAAACGUGAUUCGACUAGUAAAUCUCCAAAAACUAGUGUUAGUGAAGCAUCUUCACCAGCGAAAAUUGCCAAAGUUGAUAAUGUACCGUCAACGCCACGUAGCCAUAAAUCACCGGCUUCAAAUAAACAUGAUGAAAAUCAAAAGGGUAAACGUGUCCGGGUUCGAACACAACCAUAUCAAAGCCCUUUGCCAGAAAUUGCAUUGAUUACAAAAUUAUCUACGAAAAAUAAGGGAUCACCAACUUCUGAUGAUAAACUCAUCGCAUUUUACAAGAACGAAUUUUUGGCUGUACGAAAUAGUGAGGGUGGUUUUUAUGUAUGCCAAGCUGUCCAAAAUGUAUAUAAAACUUCUUCCAAAAUUAAAAUUCGUUGGUUGUCAAAUCAUGAUAAAUCAACGGACAUAUAUACUCCGGAUUUUUAUGACUUCACUGAAUUUGAUUGUAUUUUAACGAAUUUAAGUUUAAAUAAAGUCGACAAAACAACAUUUCGAUUACCAAAAGAUGAAUUGGAACGCACUGAAAGUAUUCUUAAGCGUGCACUUAACCACGAACAAGGAGUGGAAGAUCCCGAUUCUUCAUUAACUGAAGAACACCCUGAUGGAUUGGAUUUGUCACUAUUACGAGACGAAACACAAUUAAAAAAACGAAAAUCAAAUGCUUCAAAAGCGAAAAAACGAAAAUCUGGUGAAGCUAAAACAGAAAAUAAUGAAGAAGGAGCAACACCAUCAAAAGUUGCAAAAACAAGUCGUCGUAGUGCGAAGAAACCUAGUCGUGCUAGUGCGACUCCUAAAAAAACAGUAGCGAAAAAAUCACCUGUUGCUAGUGCGAAAAAAAGUGCAAAAACUCCAGCUAAAAAAACGCCCGCAAAAGCUUCACCUAAGAAAACUCCUGCGAAAAAAGUUGCAGCCACUCCUAAGCCUGCUGUUGCAUCCACUUCAAAAAAAGGAGCACCAAGCUCUACUAAAAAAGAUUCUGCAACAGCGUCGCGUUCGCAAAGAGCUGCAGCAAGAAAAAGUGACAAUUCUCUACAAACAAGUCCCGUUGUGGAUGCGAAGAAAGCGAAAGUAUUAGCCAAAGUUGCAGGUAGAAAAUCAACUGCAACACCUGCGGCGCCAACACCUAAAGCAAAAUUAACUAAAACUCCAGCAAAAACAGCUAAAGCAAGUAAAUCUACACCCGCUGCGACACCUUCUAAUAGAGGAACGCGGUCAGCCAAGACACCCCAAACAACACCCGUAGCAUCAUCAUCAACAGCAUCAGCAACAAAAAGCAGUCGUCGCACUUCAGCAACAAAACGGGGUAAAAAAUAAUUCAUAUAGACACAACGUGAUGCAUGAUGAACGCAUUAAAAUUUAACAAUAAAAACAAAUGAACAAUUUAUUUUAUAUAUAU